AGGAAACAUUCAGCUGGACAAGCCAGUGCUAUGGUGGUUCCUUGGAUUUGCCCGUCGAAACAGCAUCAUAAUCAUAUGUUAUGUUUCAUUUCACGCGCAGCUUGUAUGCCUUGAUGUACUUUACUCUGGCAGGUACAGAACAUAUGUACAUGUACGAAUGUAAACGCAUGGUAGGCAGGCAUAUAGGAGCGCGACGCGUUCACCACGUUUCAAGCCCAUUUUUAUUGCAAUUUGCACAUUCCUCGUCUUGUUUCAGCGGCUCUUGAGAAACUUGUCAACUUUUGCGGUUUCUGCGGCAGAGGUGGCUGAUUGCACUGUACAAGGUAGUGAGUCUUCUUCUGAACUGACCUUGAUUACUGCUUGCCACAAGUCCCUUUCUCUGAUCUUUCCUUUCUUUCGAUUAGUCCAGCUCUUCCGAGUAGUUCAUUGCAUGCUUUAAGCCGAAAAAAAUAAGAGCAAUCACAUGUCUCCCAUGCACAAACUCUACGAACCGUCUGGUUGGCUUGCAAUUGAGACAUCGCGAUUGCCUACCGAAACCAUGUGUGCGGAAGCGCUACCGAAGCCAUGUGUGCGGAAGCGUGAGACAUCGACGUGAUUGUAUACCUUAUGCUUCCACGUGUGCAGAAGCAAGAGACAUUGCAUUGAUUGUUCUGGGCCAAGCCUUGCUGGCUGAGAAUCAAGCUAGCGCGGAAGGUAUGCGCUAUUUGCAGGCUGCCUUGGGUAUUUACAAGGACUCAGACGACUUUGUUGGAUUGUAUUCUGCCCACUUUGCCUUGGCGAAUGGCUACUUCUCCCGCGGUGAUUUGGAAGAUGGAUUGUCUCAUGCGCGUGAGGUGCUGAGCUGCUGUCGGCGGAGUGGUGACAAGGUGAACGAGGAGCUUGUGAAGGCAAACAUUGAGCGGGCGCGACAGAUGACGGCUGAGCUGAGGAUGACAACACCAAAGAGGCCGAGUAUCGAGAAUUCAGGUAUUCUUUUGUCGCCCGCCGGGCCUCAAGCAUGCCAUCUUAGACACAGCCGUGUCCCCGGCUCUUUGCUGGAUAUUGUCGCCUCUGGCCGAAAUUACUGGGGCACACCAAGGAUGGUGGUAGAUGCUGCGGCCGAAGCAGAUGAAAGACCUCCGGCCCACUGUGUGGUCUUUGGAACUGCUUUGUCAGACAACUCUGCCACACAGAUGUGCCUAGAGCUGAUGGAUCUUAUUGGUGCCAUGGCAAAGGGCGAUAUCCCAAAGGUUCCCGUGGUUGUACAGACGAGAGGCGUUUUUGGACGUUUGUGCGGUGACAUGACCUACGGUAGCAUGACGAGCGUUGCUGCGGUGACACUUUGGGGCUUGAUCCGCACUGCGCGGUUGGAGAUGCCAAAGGUACCAAUCUUGACCUUGGACUUUCAACCAACCAUGACCGUUGCCCAGAUCACCAGGCAGCUGAAGCCACCAAUGGGCGUUGCUGAGACGGCUUAUUACAAUAAAAGCAGAUGGGAGCCACAGCUUGCCGCAGUUCCGUCGCUCCUCCGCAGAGAUUUAAAGCGUGAUAGCUUGAGCGGUGGAGGAGCUAUCCCUCCAGGAGAGGAAAGAAAGGCCAAAGCAGAGUCAGCAACGGCCACGAAGUUCAGUCGAAAAGCCUUCACUUGGACUGGUCCGAGCAACAAGAUGGACUACUGCUGGUAUCGACAGGAAUGGAAAAAUGUCGGACCCGCAGAAGGAGAGAUCAUCGCACGGGAUCCUUUGAUUCCUGUUCGUUCGCUUCGACAAUACUGAGAGCAGUGACAGUCAAACAGACCCAAGCCGUUGAAAAUGGGGC